AUGGAUUGUUUAAAUGUAUUGAUAUAUACGUUUUUGGUAAUUGUGUGCCAAGCUACCACCCCAUUAACUGGCCCAGCGUACUCGACAAUUGCACCCACUGAAAGCGUGGUGUAUACCCCACCACCACUGCCUACUCUGACAACUUCGCCUUAUGUUCUUCAAUCUCGCCCCACAAGCGAGUUUUAUCCCACUGACUUUUCAUUACUUAAUCUGUUCGAAAGCAGAAGUGAUGUUUCUCACGACAAUCUUGUUUUGAUGUACGCCCUGUGGACUGAUUACACAAGGUUGGCUCCCAGUUUCUACUCAAAAUGGAGCACAGAGCUUAAUCUGAUUUAUCUGGCAAUGGGAUAUGUGAGUUAUGAUGUUUACUCGACAUAUAUGGCCUAUAUAUCUAGAGUUCAGCACGGUAGUACAUCUGAUGCGUACAUCAUCGGUACAGUUAUUAGGAGUGGGGAUGAUUAUGACACUACAAUAGCGACUACAUCUACCACCGACUCCAUGGAUGAAGUAAACACAUCAAUGGACACAGAACCUAGGUUAACCAACUCCUUUGGCGUUUCUACUGUCACAUCGGACACAUCAAUGGACACGGAACCUAGGUUGACGAACUCCUUUGGCAUUUCUACUGUCACUUCGGACACUACUACACCUUACGUCCCCGACGGAUACCAACUGUUCAUUGCAAGAAGCGAUAUUUCUAGUCAGUAUUCAGUGUUUUAUCAAGUUCCCAGAUAUACUUCAUUGAGGAUGCCAUGGUCUGAUUACGCUUCUCUGUACCUCUCAUUCUACUCAAGGUACCUGUCUGAGUUUAACUUCUUCGAACUGAGUUUAGGCUUUGUAAGUCCUGAUGUCAUGGCAGAACAGCGCUCACAGUUAUCGCUUUAUGCCGAAGACUAUAUGGAUGGCUACAGCUCAGACGAUUAUGGUUAUAUUGAAACCUAUAUCACUGAAUCGAACGACUCAAUCGGCUAUUCGGGUGUCUCUCCUAGCCCAUCCGAUGCGGAAUCUUCUGGUGCAUUUGCAAGUUCUACUUCAGGAUCCAACCAGUCUGGUGCGUCUUCGUCGUCCUCUACUUCUUCUUUUUCUUCUUUGGACUCCAGUGUUGAUUCAUCUCUAUCAGCUUCGUCAUCUUCAUUAUCUGGUAUAUCAUUUGGUCCAGCUUCUGGUUCAUCCACAGAAUCCAGUUCUGGUGAGGGGUCGGGUGCUCUGAGUGGUUCAUCUGGCCUGUCCACGGCCGUUGGUGUCUCUUCUGGUAGCUCUGCAUCAAGCGCUACCACUUCGAGCACUUCUAGCAGUGCUAUAGCAGACACGACAAAACCUUAUUUGAUUUUGGGUGCUGUGAUAGGCAGUCUACCAUUCCUAAUUAUAUAA